AUGAGUGUGCAUGUGGCGCAGGUGACAACCAGCACUCUUCAUGUGUGUGCACGUGGGGCGGAGGUGACAACCAGCUCUCUUCAUGAGUGUGCACGUGGGGCGGAGGUGACAACCAGCUACCUUAAUGAGUGUGUACGUGGGGUGGAGGUGAGCACCAGCUCUCUUCAUGAGUGUGCACAGGUGAGCACCAGCUCUCUUCAUGAGUGUGCAUGUGGGGCGGAGGUGACAACCAGCUCUCUUCAUGAGUGUGCACGUGGGGCGGAGGUGAGCACCAACCUUCUUCAUUAGUGUGCAUGAGGGGCGGAGGUGACAACCAGCUCUCUUCAUGAGUGUGCAUGUGGGGCGGAGGUGACAACCAGCUCUCGUCAUGAGUGUGCAUGUGGGGCGGAGGUGACAACCAGCUCUCGUCAUGAGUGUGCAUGUGGGGCGGAGACAACCAGCUCUCUUCAUGAGUGUGCACAUGGGGCGGAGGUGACAACCAGCUCUCUUGUGACAACCAGCUCUCUUCAUGAGUGUGCACGUGGGGUGGAGGUGACAACCAGCUCUCUUCAUGAGUGUGCACUUGGUGCGGAGCAAGGCUUGAAUUCUAGUACCGGUGACCUGGGAUUCAGGAUGUGGCCACAGGUUGGCGGCAAUGUCACGUUCAUCCUCUUAUCUCUGCUGGCAGUCAAGGUGCCUGCCACAACUUCAAGCUCCCGGUGUUUAUGA